AUGCAGCAGUAUCAGGCGGCCGCUUUGGGCUCCUGUCGUCGGAAUUCCCGACUCGGCAAUCACAGAGAUCGAGCAGUAAAUCGACCUCUGUAUCGGACAUCUCCUAUUGGCAGGUUGCCCAGCUUUGCAUCAUGUAAUGCUACAGCGCAGAACCACGACCCGCUUUCUUUCAAUACAGUCUGGAACAGGGACUCAGAUAAAGAAUAUUCAGCAGUCGUCGACACCGCCUCCAAAACAUUUGCUUCACAGCUAAAUUUGGAUAAGGAAGUAUUUGGACUCACUCAAUUCCAGGCCGCUCAAAACUCUAUCUUCGACUACAACUACAACACUUUGGAUUGUUCUUUUCUAGAUUCCAACCAAAUCUUGCUUGAGCAAACUAGCUCGUAUUUUCAAGAUCCUGUCCUUGGUAGUAGCGACUAUACGAAUCUCACCAAUGGCUUCAAUUCUCCGGUGCAACUUGAGCCGGCUUCGGUUGGACAACCUAGCUCUUGUGCACAGGGUUAUGGCUUUGGCGGCAACAAUCACGUAGAGGUUGAUGAGUUUGAAGUUCUUGGAGAUGCUGAAUCAACUUUGCUUGAAGAAACUAGCUUUCUUCCGCCAAAUGCUGGAUCCAAAAGCGACAAUCCCAUACAUUACAAUGGAUUCCAGCCUUUCGACAAUUCAAUAUCAACUCUACCUUCUCGAUCAGUCUUUCUCCCACGAAAUAUUGGCAUAGAUAGUAUCAAUCAGGUAGAAUUUGACGAAUUCAUCUCUCAUGGCUACCUCGAAUCGGCUUCGCACGAACAACCCAACCUUUAUUCUCAACAUUCCAGUUCAGGCAGCAAUGGUUUUGUGGACUACAACGACUGUCUUGAAAUUGAGACUGGUUUUAUUGAUCAACCAGCUUUCGCCAACGCUAUUCAGAACCUCGUUCAAUUCGGCUCGCCGGCGCAAGGGGUACAUUGCCAGGAUUCCGCAGCCCAUCACCAGCAGCUGAACCUUGCCACUCUGAAUCAUCCACCAGAAGUGUCAAUUAAUCCUGCGGGUCCCAUUGCGGCAGCGGUGACCUCCAAUACCAAUACGGCUGCUUUACCUAUCGCCAUCCCGAGGGCAGCCAUUGCACGUCUGCCCAAUCGAAACGCUGGUUCAUUCAGAUGCGAUUAUCCUGGAUGCAACGAAAUAAUCAAAAGAUUUCACGACCUCGCUCGACACAAGCGGAAACAUGGUCCACCACAAUACCGCUGUUUGGUUCAAGAUUGCCCUCGCGGUCUGGUGGGCUUCACUCGUACUGACAAACUGAGAGAACACCAGCAAAAGAUGCACGUGCCGAGAACCUUCUAA